GGGGACACACAGGAGCGGCGGCCGCGGAGGAGCGAGCAGCGGAGCCCCGACGGCGCCUCGCUGCAUGGAGCUGGGCCGCUGAGCGCCGCCAGCCCCAGCCUCUGCCCCCGGACCCGCCGGCUCAGCGGGGCUCACCGCUCGCUCCCGGCAGCCUCGGUCCCUGCAGCCCGCGCCGUCCGUCUGUCCGGCCAUGGAGCGGUGCGGCCGCCUCCUCCUGCUCCUGCCGCUGGUGCUGGGGCUGAGCGGGGCCCCGGCCCGGGCAGGUGCGCCCCCCGUGGAUGUGCUCCGGGCCCUGCGCUUCCCCUCCCUCCCUGAUGGUGUCCGGAGGGCGAGAGGCGUGUGUCCCGCUGACCUGGCCUACCGAGUGUCUCGACCUGCUCAGCUCAGCGCUCCCACCCGCCAGCUCUUCCCAGGAGGUUUUCCCAAAGAUUUCUCUCUGUUGGCUGUGGUCCGGACGCGCCCUGGCCUCCAGGCCCCCCUCCUGACGCUCUAUAGCGCCCAGGGCGUCCGGCAGCUGGGCCUGGAGCUCGGCCGGCCCGUCCGCUUCCUGUAUGAGGACCAGACUGGCCGGCCUCGGCCUCCAGCUCAGCCCGUCUUCAGAGGCCUCAACCUAGCAGAUGGCAAGUGGCACCGUGUGGGUGUGGCUGUGAAGGGCCAGUCUGUCACCCUCAUUGUUGACUGCAAGAAGCGCGUCACCCGGCCCCUCCCCCGAAGCGCCCGUCCGGUGCUGGACACCCAUGGCGUGGUCAUCUUCGGUGCCCGCAUCCUGGAUGAAGAAGUCUUUGAGGGUGACAUCCAAGAGCUUGUCAUUGCUCCGGGGGUGCAAGCUGCCUAUGGAUCCUGUGAACAGAAGGAGCUGGAGUGUGAGCGGGACUGGAGGGAGAGGCCUCAGAAACAACAGUCUCACCGAGCACAGAGGUCUCCAAAGCAGCCAUCAGCGAGACUUCACAGGCCCCAAAACCAGGAGCCCCAGAGACAGCCCACUGAGCCUCUCCACUAUGACUACGGGCCCCUCUAUUACGAUGAGAUGACUGCGGGGACAACCCCUGACUACCAGCGGCCUCGGAGCCCCACCCACAGGGCUCCCGCUUCCCCCAGGGGCCGUCGCACCCCACCCCGAAAGCCUACCCCACCUGCUAAGAGGUCCGCAGCCCGGCAGGCAUCCCCCUCAUCAGGCUGGAGACCCUCUCGAACUGGAGGUUCUGGGCCAGCGUGGGGCCAGCCUUCCCCCUCCCGGCGCCCAGCUCGACGGGCAGCUCCCCACACUGCCCGGGCCCCCCCCAGGACCAGAGGCAGCAGUUACCGGCAGUACCCCACCCCAGGAGAAGAGGAAGGAAUCCUGGAGUCCAGCCCCUUGCCACCCCCUGAGGAGGAGCAGACAGAUCUCCAGGUCCCCUCCACAGCUGACAGGUUCCUGACAGAGGAAUAUGGGGAGGGGGGCACAGAGCCCCCGGCAGGGCCCUACGAUUACACCUAUGGCUAUGGGGACGAUUACCGUGAGGAGACGGACCUUGGCCCUGCCCUCUCUGCGGAGACAGCCCACCCCGGAGCCGCUGCCCAUGGACCCCGGGGGCUGAAGGGAGAGAAGGGGGAGCCUGCAGUUCUGGAACCUGGAAUGCUAGUGGAGGGGCCGCCUGGCCCAGAAGGCCCUGCGGGACUGACUGGUCCCCCUGGCAUCCAGGGCAACCCAGGCCCAGUUGGAGACCCUGGCGAGAGGGGUCCUCCCGGCCGGGCAGGGCUCCCUGGAUCAGAUGGGGCGCCUGGCCCUCCCGGCACAUCCCUCAUGCUCCCGUUCCGGUUUGGCAGUGGCGGGGGUGACAAGGGCCCUGUGGUGGCCGCCCAGGAGGCUCAGGCCCAGGCGAUCCUGCAGCAGGCGCGGAUGGCGCUCCGUGGACCCCCUGGACCCAUGGGAUACACAGGUCGCCCUGGACCUUUGGGACAACCUGGGAGCCCUGGUCUGAAGGGAGAGUCUGGAGACCUAGGACCUCAGGGCCCCAGGGGACCUCAGGGCCUCACCGGGCCUCCCGGCAAGGCUGGGCGAAGGGGCCGGGCGGGUGCUGACGGAGCCCGAGGGAUGCCCGGAGAACCUGGUGUGAAGGGUGACCGCGGCUUUGAUGGGCUCCCAGGCCUUCCCGGGGAGAAGGGGCACCGGGGCGAGACUGGUGCCCACGGCCUCCCUGGGCCCCCUGGCGAGGACGGAGAGCGGGGGGACGACGGGGAGAUCGGGCCUCGGGGGCUGCCUGGAGAGUCGGGGCCUCGAGGUCUCCUUGGCCCUAAAGGCCCGCCUGGUAUUCCUGGACCCCCGGGCGUGCGCGGCAUGGACGGUCCCCACGGCCCCAAAGGGAGCUUGGGACCCCAAGGGGAGCCAGGGCCUCCCGGACAGCAGGGAACGCCUGGCACCCAGGGUCUCCCUGGGCCUCAGGGUGCCAUCGGCCCUCACGGAGAGAAGGGCCCCCUCGGAAAGCCAGGGCUCCCCGGCAUGCCCGGCUCCGAUGGCCUCCCGGGCCACCCCGGGAAGGAAGGCCCCCCAGGAACCAAAGGAAACCAGGGCCCCUCUGGACCUCAGGGUCCUCUCGGGUACCCCGGGCCCCGAGGUGUCAAGGGUGUGGACGGAAUUCGGGGCCUGAAGGGUCAUAAGGGUGAAAAGGGCGACGAUGGCUUUCCUGGGUUCAAAGGUGACAUGGGUGUGAAAGGUGACAGGGGCGAGGCUGGAGUCCCUGGUUCCAGAGGAGAGGAUGGUCCCGAGGGGCCGAAGGGUCGCACUGGGCCCACCGGAGACCCUGGGCCCACGGGGCUUGUGGGCGAGAAGGGCAAGCUGGGAGUUCCUGGUCUGCCUGGCUACCCCGGACGCCAGGGUCCCAAGGGCUCCCUCGGAUUUCCUGGCUUCCCCGGAGCCGGAGGAGAGAAGGGAGCCCGGGGCCUGUCCGGGAAGUCAGGGCCGCGGGGAGAGCGGGGCCCCACGGGUCCGCGGGGCCAGCGGGGGCCCCGGGGCGCCACUGGGAAGUCCGGAGCGAAGGGAACGUCGGGCGGCGACGGCCCCCACGGGCCGCCCGGAGAGAGGGGCCUCCCCGGGCCUCAGGGCCCCAACGGGUUUCCUGGCCCCAAAGGACCGCCGGGCCCCCCCGGGAAGGACGGGCUGCCGGGCCACCCGGGCCAGAGAGGAGAAGUGGGCUUCCAAGGCAAGACCGGCCCGCCCGGGCCCCCGGGGGUGGUGGGCCCGCAGGGAGCAGCAGGAGAGUCGGGGCCCAUGGGGGAGAGAGGUCACCCAGGCCCCCCAGGGCCCCCCGGAGAGCAGGGGCUGACGGGAACGGCUGGAAAAGAAGGCACGAAGGGGGACCCUGGCCCUCCGGGGGCCCCAGGGAAGGACGGGCCCGCCGGGCUGCGGGGCUUCCCAGGAGAGCGAGGCCUCCCCGGCACCGCCGGUGGAGCCGGUUUGAAGGGGAAUGAAGGUCCGGCCGGUCCCCCCGGUCCCGCGGGCUCCCCCGGGGAGCGCGGAGGAGCGGGGUCCGGGGGACCCAUUGCCCCCGGGCGCCCAGGACCUCAGGGCCCCCCUGGAGCAGCCGGCGAGAAGGGCGUCCCGGGCGAGAAGGGCCCCAUCGGCCCCACCGGCCGCGACGGGGUGCAGGGCCCCGUGGGCCUUCCCGGGCCCGCUGGGCCCCCAGGCGGGGCAGGAGAAGACGGGGACAAGGGCGAGGUGGGGGACCCCGGACAGAAGGGCACAAAAGGGAACAAAGGCGAACACGGCCCGCCCGGACCCCCCGGACCCCUCGGGCCUGUGGGGCAGCCCGGCGCCGCGGGCGCAGACGGGGAGCCCGGGGCCCGGGGCCCUCAGGGACACUUUGGAGCCAAAGGCGACGAGGGAACGAGAGGGUUCAAUGGGCCCCCCGGGCCCAUCGGCCUGCAGGGCUUGCCAGGCCCCUCGGGGGAGAAGGGAGAAACAGGAGACGUGGGCCCUAUGGGACCACCUGGCCCCCCAGGACCUCGAGGCCCCGCUGGACCCAAUGGAGCUGAUGGUCCUCAAGGCCCCCCCGGAGGCGUGGGGAACCUGGGCCCCCCUGGAGAGAAGGGGGAGCCAGGAGAUUCAGGAUCCCCUGGGGUCCAGGGGGAGCCAGGCGCCAAGGGCCCUCGCGGGGAGCGUGGGGAGAAGGGCGAGUCGGGGCAGCCGGGAGAGGCUGGGCCGCCCGGGCCCAAAGGCCCCACCGGGGACGACGGCCCCAAGGGGAACCCGGGCCCUGUCGGCUUUCCCGGUGACCCUGGCCCUCCUGGAGAAGGUGGCCCUCGCGGCCAGGAUGGGGCGAAGGGUGACCGCGGAGAGGACGGCGAGCCGGGGCAGCCGGGGUCCCCUGGUCCCACUGGGGAGAAUGGACCCCCCGGGCCUCUUGGAAAGCGGGGCCCUGCCGGCACGCCUGGUCCCGAGGGACGCCAAGGAGAGAAGGGAGCCAAGGGGGAUCCCGGCGCUGUGGGGGCCCCGGGGAAGACGGGCCCCGUGGGUCCCGCAGGCCCAGCAGGAAAGCCCGGUCCCGAUGGCCUGAGGGGGCUCCCGGGCUCGGUGGGCCAGCAAGGUCGUCCUGGGGCCACGGGCCAGGCCGGGCCCCCGGGUCCUGUGGGCCCCCCGGGGCUCCCUGGCCUCCGCGGUGAUGCUGGGGCCAAAGGAGAGAAGGGCCACCCAGGUCUCAUCGGGCUGAUCGGGCCCCCUGGGGAGCAAGGGGAGAAGGGGGACCGGGGGCUCCCUGGCCCACAGGGCUCCGCCGGACAGAAGGGGGAGACGGGCAUCCCCGGAGCCUCUGGCCCCAUCGGCCCCGGAGGGCCCCCGGGCCUCACUGGACCCGCCGGCCCCAAGGGCGCCAAAGGAGCCACAGGCCCUGCAGGACCGAAGGGGGAGAAGGGCGUCCAGGGCCCUCCGGGACACCCGGGCCCCCCAGGCGAGGUGAUCCAGCCCCUGCCCAUCCAGAUGCCCAAGAAGACGCGGCGCUCCGUGGACGGCAGCCGCCUGAUGCAGGAAGACGCGGCCGAGCCGGCCGGGGGCGCCCCGGGCAGCCCGGGGGCGCUGGAGGAGGUCUUCGGCUCGCUGGACUCCCUGCGGGAGGAGAUCGAGCAGAUGAGGCGGCCGACAGGCACCCAGGACAGCCCUGGCCGCACCUGCCAGGACCUGAAGCUCUGCCACCCAGAGCUGCCCGAUGGAGAGUACUGGGUGGACCCCAACCAGGGCUGCGCCCGCGAUGCCUUCCGGGUGUUCUGCAACUUCACGGCGGGCGGGGAGACGUGCGUGCAGCCAAGGGACGAUGUCACUCAGUUCUCCUACGUGGACUCGGAGGGCUCCCCCGUGGGCGUGGUCCAGCUCACCUUCCUGCGGCUGCUCAGCGUCUCCGCCCACCAGGACGUCUCGUACCCGUGCUCCGGGCCGGCCCGCGACGGCCCCCUGAAGCUCCGGGGGGCCAACGAGGACGAGCUGAGCCCUGACACCAGCCCCUACGUCAAGGAGUUCACGGCUGGCUGUCAGACACAGCAAGGCCGGACGGUGCUGGAGGUGCGGACCCCUGUGCUGGAGCAGCUGCCCGUGCUGGACGCCUCCUUCUCGGACCUGGGCGCCCCCCCGCGGCGGGGCGGGGUGCUGCUGGGGCCGGUCUGCUUCAUGGGCUAGGACGUCUCUCGGACCCCGGCCGUGGAAACCAGGCCCCCGAGCCCCACCACCAGCUCCAGGCCACUCUGGAGGGCUCCUCGCCAGCGGGGCCCUGGUUCCGAGCACGGAGAGCCCCCGUCAGGGCAGACGGGGGCGGGGGAGCCGUGCCAGGCCGCCCCGGGAGGGGUGGCGUCUGGGGCUCAGGGCCCCCCGCCUGGCGCCUGUGACCUGUUAGACAGCUGACACACUUAUUUAAAACUCACCUCCCAACCACCCCAAACAAGAGGAAGAGAAGAAAGGACACUGUGUAUUUUGUAUUUAAAAGUAAUUAUAUUAAUUAUUUAAAGAGUGGAAAA